AUGGCCCCAUUCUUUGACGUUCCUCCUGGAACUAUUCCUGUUCCAUCCUCGGAGUUGGACACGCGCACCGACGAGAAACUUGCCAAUUCAUUGAGAACUUUCGUUGAGCCCACAGGCGACGAGAAAAACCUCUGGGCCUAUUGGCACACGGGCUUUGCUACGAUGCCGCCUUGGACUCAGCGCAAUGUUCUACAAUGGGCCCGACUGCUCGGUCCUUCUUGGACCAUCCGGGUUCUAGACGGAGUUGAGGGCUCGCCAAAUCAUGCAAACCGUUUCAUACCGUCCAAUUUCUUGCCAGUUGCCAUGAGAGAGAAUCGUAUGGUUGGCCCAUACGCUCCAACGCACUCGGCCGACUUCGUGAGACUUCCGCUGCUGUUUCUAUAUGGUGGCUGCUGGCUUGAUGUCGGAUCCAUUCUGAUACGCUCUCUCGACGAUGUGUGGAGCAUCUUGAUGAAUCCCGAAGAGCCGUUUGAGUUUGCAGCUUUCACGUACGAAACACGCCCAGCAGAAACUUCUAUCAUCAAUACAUGGAUGAUGAGCCGAAAACGUUGCGAUUUGAUCUAUCGAUGGCACGAAACGUUUCUGCAUGUCUGGGGUGGCGCCACCCACUGCGCAGACCUCCACAAACAUCCUCUGCUGAGACACUUGAAGCCAUAUGGUUCCCCUACUGAUAAGCUGAUAAUGAACGAAAAUCAUGGGAUAAUCGCCAAAAUGAACAGCAUUAUGGACUAUGGAGCGCAAGUACAUUGUUUAGAGAGGCUUCGUGACUUGGUGGACACGAAGGACGGGUGGAAUGGGCGAGAAUGGAUCGAUCAGAAGGCCUACCUUCUUCCAGCCCUCCAGGAAAUGUGGUACUACCAGCAGCGAACGGAGUUCAUGGCUACAGGCAGUUUGCUCUUCUCACAACGCAAUACGACGCCCCAGAACCGCAACGUGCCGAGGCGGAACAUUUCGUCAAGGACAUGCUCGCCAAUACGCUGUUGA